AACUUCCGGCUAUGACUUAUGACACUAGCAGGCAAAGGUUCUCGGUGGUGUGAGGCAAACCGAGGAGAGUUCUGAGGAAGAGUUUCAGAUCACUGAUUCACCUUGCUGUUUAUCUGUUGUACCAGACCAGAGUCUCCAUGCCUCGGGGACAGAAGAGUAAGCUCCGUGCCCGGGAGAAACGCCGCCAGGCUCAGGAAGAGCAGGGGGAUCUGAGUCCUCAGGAAGGCACAUCCAUGGGCACUACUGCUGCAGCUGCUUCAGAGGAGACAUCUGAUGUGGGCACUAGCUUCCAAGAAGGUGGUUCAAGAUCCUCACAGAACCCACCAGUUACCGAGCCCUUCCGCAGAGGCCCUAUAGAUGAGAAGGUGGUUAUGAUGGUGCAUUACAUGCUGUACAAGUAUGAGAUGAAAGAGCCCAUUAGCAAGGGGGAUAUGCUGAGAAAUGUAAUCCAGAUGUACAAGAAUCACUUCCAUGAGAUUCUCAGGAGAGCUUCUGAGUAUCUAGAGCUGAUCUUUGGGCUUGAUCUCAAGGAAGUGGAUCCCAACAGGCACAUCUAUGUCCUUGUCAACAAAUUAGAAACAACCUAUGAUGGGAUGCCUGGUGGUGAAGGAAGUAUACCCAAGACAGGUCUGCUGAUGACUGUCCUGGGUGUCAUCUUCACCAAGGGCAACUGUGCCUCUGAGGCAGAGGUCUGGGAAGUCCUCAAUAUGAUGGGGAUAUAUGAUGGGAGGAGACACUUCAUUUAUGGGGAGCCCAGAAAGCUCAUCACCCAAGAUUUGGUGCAGGAAAAUUACCUAGAGUACCGCCAGGUGGCUGGCAGUGAUCCACCAUGUUAUGAGUUUUUGUGGGGCCCAAGGGCCCACGCUGAAACCAGUAAGAUGAAAGUCCUGGAGUUUUUGGCAAAAAUCCAUGAUACCACUCCUAGUGCUUUCCCAGUCUGGUAUCAAGAAGCUCUGAAAGAUGAGGAAGAGAGAUCCCAAGCCAGAGCUGCAGCCAGGGCUCGUAAUGCUGCCAGAGCGGAUGCUCGUGCCAAGGCCAAGGGCAGCAACUCCUCCCGUCACUUUAAUAAAUUCUGAGGCACAUUCAUCACUAUUGCUAAAAAGUUCAUUUGCUCAUUAGUAGAAGGUCAGGGUGGGGCUGAAUAAACACAGUAUUUACCAUGUUGUGUUCCAUUUAAGUAAAGUGUCCUCUAAGUU